AUGAUAUUUAUUAAUCAUCUAUGUGAGUGUAGUAAACUUCGCAAUAAAUAUUUCGGUGUACGCCACGGUGAAUCAGAAGCGAAUGUAGCUCAUGUUAUCAGUAGUAAUCCUGACAUAGGCAUUAAGUCACAUGGACUUUCACCGUUUGGUCGAACUCAAGUAGUUGAAAAUACAAAAUUAUUCAUUGACAAUCAUCCUUCUAAUUGCAAUUCUUAUGUGAUUAUUGCCAGUGAUUUUCGGCGUGCCUAUGAAACAGCUGAGAUUAUCGCUGCAAAUCUUACAAAAUCAAACGAUGACAAAGUAACUGUUCAAUUAGAUCAACGUCUACGUGAACGUUUCUUUGGUAUUUAUGAUGGUAGUAGUGAUGAAAACUAUAGUUUAAUAUGGAGAAAUGAUGACGAAAAUCCUGAAAAAAAUCUAAAUGAUAAAAUUGAGCCGACUGAAAGUGUGCGUGAACGAACAACAGCUUUAGUUAAAGAACUCGAAGAUAAAUAUGAUAAUCAAACGAUUUUUCUUGUCAGUCAUGGCGAUGCAAUACAAAUAUUACAAACAGCUUUCGAACGUUUACCUAAUGCAAACCAACAGCGAAAUUUAAAACAUUUGGAACGAGCAGAAUUUCGACCACUAGCACUUAAAUGA